UAGCAUUAACUGAAGAAUGAGGAAAGAAGGAAGUCAAAGGAGGAAUACGAGGGGGAUGGGCCAGAAUAAGGCGUUGUGGUGUAUGAAUAGAGCCGAAGAUGUUUAUUCUCCAAAGCAAACUAAAAUUUCAAAGCCAAAUACUGAGAGAAUGAUGAGAAGGAGGAAUAAUAGGAAGAAAUCUGAAUAUCAGAAGUUUUUAAAAACUGUUGCUCCAGAUUUGAUGAUACCUAAACAGGUGUUAAAUGAAUUCAGUCCUGACUAUAACCCUAAUAGAGCAUUCUUUGCCUCUAGAACAGCUCAAAAUAAGAAACAAAGAUCUGGAGGAGGUUCUAUUUCUAAGCAAAGAUUUGAAUCACAGAAAAUAAGUAUUUCACGGCUGAGUCCUCCUCAGACUGCAAGAGUGAAGAGCCGUAAUAUGCUUAAGUUUGGGAUUCCUAUGACGCAAGCAGAGGCAUUGAACACCAUAAACUCAAUAUACAAGCCUAAAUUAGCCACCCUAGAUGGACGGAUACAUCGCUUGAAGACGAAGAAGAGACAUCUAAUCCAUCUAGAGUCCGAAUUAAUUAGUCUAACUCAGAACCCAGUAGAUUCUCCUAUGGAAGAAUAUGCAGAAUGUUCUAUUUCAGAUUCAAGUGAAGAUAACUAUGAUACCUCAAACCUGCUCACUAAGAACUUGUGGAAUAAAGUAAAGAUUGGAAAAUAGAAAGCUGUUUAACAUCCAGAUGAUGCAGGAUACCCUAAACCAUAUGUUGAAGAGGGACGAACUCAUCCUUUACUGUAAAUAAGAUCAAAAUAAAUGGGACCAGUGAUGAACUGAUCCAGUGCAGGAAAUAAACACCAAGCCGAAGUUAACAAAAUUAAUCUUUACCAUAAGGAAGCUCUGGAGUACCGGAUGAAGGCUAAGGAGCUCUCCCACAGAAUCUCAAGAUUUGAUACUAUUAAGUAUAUGAGGCAGCCUAAGAAUGAUAUUGAUGUAUGCGAGUAUAUAGAUAAACUCAUUGGUAAGAAAUUACAAAUCAAAAGCCAGAAACCCACUAUUGUCUUUGAAGAGUUGGAAUCGCCUAUUAAACGAAAAGCAGCCCAAAUAGAGAAGGAAAAGACUAUGAGAAGAGUUUCUAGGUUAGAACGCAAGCUUACUAAGAACAAUCUUCCAAGCUUGUUGAAUUUCCCGAAGGAUAUAGUUGCUAAGAUUAAUAAUGAUCCUGAGUUUGCAGGAAUACCUGAAGAAGAACUCAAUAUCCAGACUCUUUCUUCUUUUGUGACUAAGCAAAUGCUUAAUGUUAGAAGUUUAACUGAUCAGUGUAAGGAGCUUGAAACUGAAGCUGCCAAGAAAUCAGCACGACUAAAUGAGCUACUAGCUAAGCUAAAGAACAAGAAAUUAGGCUUAGAUACAAAUUCAAGAAAGAAGAAAUCUGAGGCUAAAUCAGUCUAUCUUCAUAACUUUCACCGGAUGAAAGAGAUAUCACCUCCAGAGAAAUUAAUAGAACGGAAGAAGCUGAUCUCAAAUAUCUUGAUUUUCAUCUCAAGAGUUCUACACCAGCUUGAAACCUACGAGUACGGAGAGCUGAAGGCACAUAAGAAAUUAGAGAAUAUCCAGAGGAACAUUCUUGCCAACAUGUCGUACCUAGGGAUGUGUCUAGACCAUAUAUCUAUUAAGACGAUCCUUCAGGAACCGGCCACAGGGUCGUAUUUACAGUUGUCAGGGUUAAAGAGUCCGAAUUCGCAUGAAGCCCUGCAUUUGCAAAAUUCUGUGUAUAAUAAUCCUCAGGAUCAGGAUUUUGGAGAUAUUGGUAUUCAACAGAUACUUUAUGUCAGUCCUACACGUGAAGAAAGGGAGAAGCAGCAGAAUAGGAUGGAUAGAAGGAUGUUUAGUAAUAACUUGUUCAUGAACGAAUCGGAUAAAAAUAUUGAUAAGGAAUAUGAGUAUAACAUAAAAGUAUCUCAAGCAGAAAUGGAUUACAUUGAAAAGACAUAUAGACAGAGAAAAACCGAGACCGCAACCAAGAACGAAACGAUCAAACCCCAUGAUAGUACUGAAGAGAAGAAAGCAAGGAAGAGAAAGCAAUCUUCCAAGAAAGUGACAAAGUAAAUGGAAAAGGAAAAUUCAU